AUGGCUACGCCAGAGCUGGCCAUCGCAAAGGCUACCCUCUCUGCCACUCUCUUUCGCGCCGAUCCAUCAUCUCUUAGCCGUCCAGAAGUCGAUGCCUUCUUCCCAAUCCUUACAGACGCCCUCGCCAAGUGCUCGCGCCCCAACGUCCAGAAAUGCAAGGUUUGGAUCAUCGAUAAAAUUGCGCCCUCUGCCGCGCGCACGACUGCCCUGGCAAAAUACUUCAACGCCCUAUCCAAGAGUCUACAGGACGAAGGCUCACGGCCGAGCCUUAAGCGACGGAGACUGCAUCUUUUGUAUGUUUUAAAUGACGUGCUGUAUCACGCCGUCACGAGAAACGAUGACUUCAAGUUUGCGACAGCUUGGGAACCCGUUUUGCCUGGGAUGAUCGCAAGCGCCGCCGCGUUCGACAAUUGCCCGAAACAUAAGCAAAAGAUCGCGGAUCUUAUUCGCCUGUGGGAGGACCAGCAGUACGUCAAUUCUAGUUUCGCCAAAAAGCUCGAAGAUGCCCUCGCUAGUGGUGUCGCUCCUCAAACGGCCCAAGAAGCGCAAGCAUCCAAUGUUACUCUUAAACUUGCCAAGGACGCGCCCUAUACGCUUCCUUCUUUCCAUGGAGAUAGCACGGUACCCUGGUACGAUCUACCCGCAGCAACAUGGCUACCUCACCUUACCCCAAACUCGACGAAACCAAUGUUUCCCGACCAGAUUCGACCUAUUCAACUCGCAGCUGGCCCUGCAGACAAGGUGCUUGUCAACGCUGUACAAGACCUCCUAGGAGAGGUUGAGCGCAUGUUCUCGAAGGAGCAGAAGUGGAAUGACGAACCCGGUAACGAUCUAAAUGAGUUGGGAGAACGAGUCGUUCUGGAUGAAAUAACGGGUGAGGUUAUUGGAGGAGACACAUACUACGGCUGGUCCCGUCAGUUUUGCGAGAAAAUGAAAGAGAGAAAGAAGAAGGACAGGAAGGGAUCAGACAUGGGGCGUUCGCGCUCCAGAUCUCGCAGCUAUUCUCGCAGUCGAUCCCGAAGUUCUUCACGGCCCGCCAGGGGUCGAAAUCUUUCCCGCAGCCGAAGCCGAUCAUAUAGUCCUGAUAACGAUCGCGGCGCAAAACGACCACGUAGUCCCAGCUACAGCCGGAGCCGAAGUCGGAGUCGAAGCCGUAAAGCACGAUUUGAGCGCCCAGGGUACAGCAGAUCACCAUCGCGUUCACCUCCACGCUUUCAGGACAAGGGACUCCAAGACCGUCCACAUCGUCCGCCCCCUUUCCCUCAACAGACGCCUCCAGCACCUUUCCCUCCUAUCCCACCACCAGGAGACUUCCCUGCUCCUCCGCCUCCCCCAACUGGCUACCAAGGUCCUUGGCCACCGCCGCCGCCUCCUCCUCAUAUGGCUCAAGGCUGGUUCCCCCCUAACCCAGCCAUGAUGGGCCAGAUGGGCCAGAUGAUGGGUGGCUGGAAUGUUCCGCCCCCUCCACCUCCGCCGCACAACGGAUAUCAAGGAAGGGCCCGAGGAAACGGGUAUCGUGGGAGAGGGAGGGGUGGAUAUGAUCGAGGUCGAGGGUGGUAA